AUGAUACGAACAAAAGUAACACCCUCUUUCAAUCCCUAUCCACUAUUCGAUUCCUCGACUACUACCGAUAACAUAUCUCCAGAUGGCACCCAAGUGUUUCAACUUGAAAGCUACCGUGCAGAAGAGCUUCUGUUCGAACAUAACCCGCCAUAUAUCCUCACUCUACCCUUUGAAAAAAUCUUAGCCAAAGGCAAAAGAGCUGCAAAACAUAAAAUACCGCGUCCGUUAAAUCAAUUCAUGAUAUUCCGUAAAGAUUUCGAAGCCAGAUACAAAUUAGAACAUCCAGACGAGCGAUUGUCGACCACUUGUUAUACUAAAAUGGCCACCGAGGCAUGGAAUAAACUUCCAGGACAAACAAAAAGAUAUUUCAUCUAUCUGCAGAGAGAAGCAGAAAAGUGGCACAAGCGUACAUAUCCAAAUUACAAAUUUUCUCCUAAGAAAAAAGAAAGGAUUAGAAAGAAAAAAUGCAGAAAGGAGAGCAAAAAGAGAGAAAAUGCCGGUGUUAUUAGUAAUCCUAUUAUAAUUAAUCGAACAAACAAGGAAAACAAUACUGCAAACAAUGACUACGCAAAUCAUAAUGACACAAAUGCUGCCAGCCAUGCCACAUCAUCAUCUUCCAACCCCAUCCUUCUUUCUCCAGUUUAUCCGUCACAAUGUUCGGACGUACCAAUCUCUUCAACACAACAAUCCUUUAGCUGUUUAUCCGUUACAUCUCCAAUAAUAACACAACAGCCAUCGUUUCCCUACGAUGAUUAUUCGACUCCUUCCCUUAUCUCGCCAUAUCUGCUUCCUCCUGCCAAACCCGAUAAUACGUUCGUCAACACUCUUUCUACCACUACUCCACCCUUGACACCAUGCGAUAAUGGCAGCAGCAAUGGAUAUAGUUACGGAGAACACAUCGAGAACGUAAUAAAUGAAAUGACAAACGGCAAUGUAGGGCAGCAAACGAAAGGCGACGAGUGGGCGAAUGAAUUUGGUUACAGACUUGGGUCAAGUGCCGGACUAGAUGAUUUACGGAAAUGCAUAUUUGUGAAUAUGGGUCACGAUAUGAACCACGAUUGGCAUGCUGAUACUGAUAUUAAUAGGCAUCUUGAUAACAUUAUCACUACUUCGGUUCAGACUGAUGGUCAUUUGAACCGAUACACUUUUAACAGAUCAUCUGACGAAUUGAGAUGCUUUGCUGAUAUAUCGUAUAUUCAAACAUGUAUUUAG